CUGCAGAAGGAAAGACUUUGAAAGUUCCGCAAAACUCUAAGUUUGACCGUCCGCAAGCUUGAACAUCCGCCCUCGCUUCCUCCAAAUAUUUACAUGUGCCUCUUUCACGACUCCACUUACUUGGUACUAGAUUGAUUACAGAAAGAGGGAGAGGUAGUUGCAGAAAUAGAACACAACAAACGCAGCAAAAUUUCCUACUUUCUGAGCCACUUCUCUGUCUCUCUUUCUAUAUCAAUCUCAUCGUCGUCAUCAUCAUCAUCAAUCUACGUGUUUCAGUAUGGCUUUGUGGUCGUUGUUGUAGUUCGGUCUAACCCUCUCUAAACCACCCAACGCAAACUUCCUUUCUCAGCAAUCAAGUUUGCAACUUUUUUAAAAAUAUAUUCUUGGCAGAUCCGUUUUCUGUACGUUGUUGUUUCGGUUAUUUUGCUCUGUUCACCAUAUAAACCAUCCUGCCCUCGGAAAAGCAAAACCCACUUCAAAGAGAUUUAAUUUUUAUUCGUUUGUGUGAGUUUGAUACAGAGAGUUGGAGCCAUGAGUACUAGUGAGUCUAAUGGUGGCGGAGUUCAGAUCCAGCCGAGUAGGAGACUGCCGGAUUUUCUCCAAAGUGUUAACUUGAAGUAUGUGAAGUUGGGUUAUCACUACUUGAUGACUCAUCUGUUGACCCUUUUGUUAUUUCCGUUAAUGGCGGUCAUUAUCAUUGAAGCCUCUCAAAUGAACCCAGAUGACAUUCAUCAUCUCUGGCUCCAUCUUAAAUACAAUCUCCUCAGUGUCGUUGUUUGUUCUGCUUUUCUUGUUUUUGGAUCCACCGUUUAUAUAAUGACCCGACCCAGAUCCAUUUAUUUGGUUGACUAUUCCUGUUACCUACCUCCCUCUCAUUUGCAAGUCAGAUAUAAGCAGUUUAUGGAGCAUUCAAGACUCACUGGUGAUUUUGAUGAAUCUUCAUUGGAGUUUCAGCGCAAGAUUUUGGAAAGAUCAGGUCUUGGUGAAGAAACAUAUGUUCCCCAGGCUAUGCAUUUUAUCCCUCCAAGGCCUUCAAUGGCCGCAGCCAGAGAAGAAGCAGAGCAGGUGAUGUUUGGUGCUUUGGAUAAUCUCUUUGCUAAUACUAAUGUCAAACCUAAAGAAAUUGGCAUUCUCGUUGUUAAUUGUAGUUUGUUUAAUCCAACACCUUCUUUAUCCGCGAUGAUUGUUAAUAAAUAUAAACUGAGGGGCAAUAUAAGAAGUUUCAAUCUUGGUGGGAUGGGGUGUAGUGCUGGGGUCAUUGCUAUCGAUCUUGCAAAGGAUAUGUUGCAAGUUCAUAGAAAUACUUAUGCAGUAGUUGUUAGUACUGAAAAUAUCACCCAGAAUUGGUAUUUUGGAAACAAGAAAUCAAUGUUGAUACCCAAUUGUUUGUUUAGAUUUGGAGGUGCUGCAGUAUUAUUAUCAAAUAAAUUUAAGGAUAGGCGCCGGGCUAAGUACAAGCUUGUUCAUGUUGUGAGGACACAUAAGGGGGCUGAUGAUAAUGCAUUUAAGUGUGUUUAUCAGGAGCAGGAUGAUGUUGGGAAAACUGGGGUUUCAUUGUCUAAGGAUUUAAUGGCUAUUGCUGGUUUGGCCCUUAAGACCAACAUCACUACGUUAGGUCCCCUUGUUCUUCCCAUAAGUGAGCAACUUCUAUUCUUUGCCACUUUGGUUUCCAAGAAGUUGUUUAAUGCAAAAGUCAAGCCUUAUAUUCCUGAUUUCAAGCUUGCUUUUGAGCACUUCUGCAUUCAUGCUGGGGGAAGGGCUGUGAUUGAUGAGCUUGAGAAGAAUUUGCAGCUUCUUCCCGUGCAUGUUGAGGCAUCUAGAAUGACUCUACAUCGAUUUGGUAAUACAUCAUCAAGCUCAAUCUGGUAUGAGCUGGCUUACACAGAAGCAAAAGGAAGGAUGCGAAAAGGGCAUCGUGUUUGGCAGAUUGCGUUUGGAAGUGGUUUCAAGUGUAACAGUGCAGUCUGGCAGGCCCUUCAGAAUGUAAAACCUUCUCCCAAUAGUCCAUGGGAAGAUUGCAUUCACAGGUAUCCAGUGGAGUUAGUUUUAUAGCUCAACCACAAUUCAGUUAGAGAACUUGAUAUAGAGAGGUGUACCUUGACAGAUUAACUAAGUUAUUAUUAUGUCUUCUAUUGUUACUGUCAGAUUUUUUUUUUUGGGUCAUUGUCUCGAAUUUUUUUGUUUCAUUUUAUGUGCUAUCUUGUCUUCAAAGUCAUAAUUUCACUUCUAUAGUUUGCUUGAGUGUAUUGGUUAUGAUCCUGGGUUCUUGUAUUCUAUGCUUUGAUAAUAUUUAUGCUGAAUGGAAGUGCUUGUACUUAAAAUGCUUAUGUAGGUGAACUUAUUCUAUUUAUAUUUCUAUAACUUUGUAUUCAGCCA